GAACUGCCGCACAACGAGACGAUAACCACAAAUUGGUUUGUUGCCUCCUCUGCCUCCAGUUCGCAACGAAACAAUUCGACGAAAGAACUUUCAUAAUUACACAAAAACAAAAGAAAUGCACAAAAGUCAAGUGAAAUUUAAAAUAAAAUAAAAUAAAAACUACUAGAUACGCACACACACGCAUACACAUGAACACUUGGAGAUCCACAGCAAAUCCACAAUUUUAGUCAUUUAUUUCGCGUUGCGUUGCCGUUUAGCGAAAAAUGUUAGAUAUAUUUCGUGGAUUGAAAAACCUUGUAAAGGUCAGUCACGUUAAAACCGAUUCGCCAGUAUUCCGUCUACACUACUCAAUUACUGUGAUGAUUUUGAUGUCCUUCUCUUUGAUUAUAACAACAAGACAAUAUGUUGGCAACCCUAUCGAUUGUGUUCAUACCAAAGAUAUUCCAGAAGACGUACUCAAUACAUAUUGUUGGAUUCAUUCGACUUAUACGUUACGUGAUCAUUUCGGUAAGAAGCAGGGCAUAUCUGUACCCUAUCCGGGUAUCGCCAAUUCGGAUGGUGAUGAUCACAACAAGAAGCACUACAAAUACUACCAGUGGGUGUGUUUCUGCCUAUUUUUUCAG